GAGAGAGAGAGAGAAAGAGAGAGAGAGCAGAUGUGAGGCAGCAGCUCUUCACUCCCGCAAGUUUUGCAGCUCUCACCAGGAGAACAUGGGGAUUCAUCUAUUUUAAGGUUGACAGAGUGCAUUUUCAUACCGAGGGUAUAACGAAGAAGUCACAGUCUUUAAGAGGCUCCAGAGGAACAAAUAAACCUGGAUUUGUCAUCAUCAUCAUCAUCAUCAUCAUCCGAUGAGGAUUAAAGAAGACAGAGAAGAAAAUGGAAGUGUAUUAUUGUAAGGCGCUGCCGGGACGACAGGAGACAUUCAUCAUCCUCAUCUUUUAUCUUCAUCUGUGCUACAGGCCUAUGGCUGAAGCCAUUCAUCCGGACUGCGCCAUCAUCUCUCAGCACCUCAGGGCUCGGGAGGUUUGCAGCCAGACGAGGAGGAGUGAGGCGCAGAACCAGAGCGACCACAGCGGAUGUAACACAGAGUGGGACGAGAUUGGCUGCUGGCUGAGAGCUGAAGUCGGGCAGGUGGUCAACAUAUCCUGCUCUGAGGUCUUCCAGCAUUUCUCCAGCAAUCAAGGGUAUGUUUACAGGAACUGUACGGCAAACGGCUGGUCAGAAAUCUAUCCUCCCUAUGACGAGGCCUGUGCUUUCAGUGAUGACAGUGAGCCUGAAUCUGAGACGAGCUACCUCUCUACGUUCAGACAGGUUUACACUGUGGGCUACGCCACCUCGCUCAUCUCCCUCAUUACAGCCAUCGUGGUGUUCACAGCCUUCAGGAAGUUUCGCUGCACUAGAAACUACAUCCACAUCAACCUGUUCUCCUCCUUCGUCCUGAGAGCCACCGCUGUCUUCAUUAAGGACACCGUGCUGUUUGCAGACGAGACCCUGGACCACUGCUCCGUGUCCACGACAGCGUGCAAGUCAGCCGUGGCUUUCUUCCAGUUCAGCAUCCUGGCCAAUUACUUCUGGUUGCUGGUGGAGGGCAUGUACCUGCAGACCCUGCUGGCCCUGACCUUCGUCUCUCAGAGGAAAUACUUCUGGUGGUACAUCCUGAUUGGAUGGGGGCUCCCGUCAACAGUUCUUAUACUUUGGGUGUUGACCAGAUUCUUCUAUGAUGACAGAGGUUGCUGGGAUGACACAGACAAUGUUGGUAUUUGGUGGAUUAUUAAAGGACCAAUAACAGGCUCGCUGCUGAUCAACAUAGUCAUCUUCAUCAACGUGAUCCGGAUCCUGGUUCAAAAGCUUAAAUCUUCAGCCAUGGCCGGGAACAAUGACACCGGACACUUUAUGAGGCUGGCUAAGUCCACCCUGUUCCUCAUCCCUCUGUUUGGGAUGCACUACACAGUAUUUGCCUUCCUGCCCGAGAACACUGGAGUGGCAGCCAGACUCUACAUCGAGCUGGGCCUGGGAUCCUUUCAGGGUUUUGUGGUGGCACUGCUUUACUGUUUCAUGAAUGGAGAGGUCCAAACAGAGCUGCGGAGAUGGCUGCGGAAGUGUCACAAUCAAAAUCAUCUGAACCCAGCCAAGCGAAGCAUCACUCAGAUCACAGUUCAAGCCCGCGGGCGGCCUCCUUCUAGCGGCAACAUCUCGUCAGUAUGAUUUUUAAGAGACCAUCCAUGAGAGACAAGUUGCUGUGAGAAUGUGUAGCAACCUAUCAGAGGCAGUUCUCAGCCUGCUGAUGACAUUAAUUCAACAACAGCCCCUCUGUGAGAGGAGCAUCAUGAACACUGUGAGUGAGUGAGGAAAUGUUGCAUUAUAUCAGUGUCAGAUUAGUUGCACAGAAGCACAGAUUCUUCUAUAAUGGUUGCAACCAAAAAAUACUAAAAAGUAAAGGAAUACUGGUGCUUGAUUUGUAAGGAUGUCAUGGUGACACAGACAGAGCUGGCCCGGGAACUCGUAGGAGGAGGAUUUCACAUGGUUGUGUUCACAGUUUGGAGUACAAAAAUGAGCAAAUGUCGAAGGAUUAUAUAGAAACGGCUGUGGAACAAUGGAUGUUUGAACUUGGCUAAAUUAUUUGUAACAUGCUUGACUUGUCAAAUUGUUUUGUGCUGCACUGAACAGAAGCAGUCACACUAUUUCAGUGCAGGCUGGAAAUAUGUGCAGAACUGAUAUGGACUGAAUGUGCUUAUUGAUUUUUUUUGCAGCAAUUCACCUGCUGCUAGAGAGAGACAUUUUCAAUCAUGAAAAUCCAGAGAGACCUGAGCAAAUGUAUUAAAGGCGUGUGUGUGUGUGUGUGUGUGUGUGCGUGUGUGCGUGUGUGUGCGUGCGUGUGUGUGUGUGUGUGUG